GGGAAGAUAUAUAAUGUAAAUGGUAACUUCAUGAGAGGGAAGUGUUUGCCUUGGCACUUUUCCUAAUGUGUGGUGUGUCAGUGAAGCCUUUUAACACUGUGAUAAGAAAGCAGAACUGCAUCAAUCUUGUAGGGAAUGGGAAUGUGCUAUUUAUUUUCCUGGCUUGUAUAGUUACACAGGGCUCUGGCUUCUUCUUUGAGUUUGCAGCAGAACUCUGUGGUUUUCCAGUCACUUGCGAUGGUUGGGUAAUAGCAGCUUCCCAAUACUUCCAGCUUGCUUUAUGACCCUCAACUUGGAUCUGAUAACUUAAAACAGAAACCACAAAGGACUUUCUUGUCACCAUGUGCUUAUUCUUGUCUGGGACUUACAGGAUUGGUAAUGCAUUUUCUCUGACUAGGCAGUCUCUCUCUCUCUGGGAAGUCUGGUGGAAAUGAGUCUGAGAAUAGCGCUAAUAAAGAACCACUCAGACUAGGGUUAUCAGAGACAAAACCGAAGUGAACUUCAUUUAACUUUUUAACAUUUGUGUAAAAUAGAUAAUUUCUGAAGGUUUUGCUUGUCACACAACCAGGUAACAAGUGACAGUGAUUGGCAUUUUCCCUUCUACACAACCAAUAAAAGUAGAGUUCACUUCCAGCUUUCAUUCUGGAAUUUCUAACUGUUCAGUCCAGAAGAAUUGCCACCAACUGCUUGGAUUCCUAAAGCAGUGAGUGGAGUUUGAGUAAAACUUUCCUGAGAGCUCUAACAGAAUUAGAGGCAGUUGUUUCACUGGCAUGAAGAGUGUUUUCCCUCCACCUUUUCCCAGCAAGUUAGAGUGCCAGAAUUUAAGCAAACCAAUGUUUCCUUAUGAAAGCAGCAUAUUGAUAUUAGUUACUGAACUCUGCUUCUGGGCAGAACUUUUGGAGCCACUAACAUAGUUAUUUAAUGGCCAUUUCUCUCUUCCAGGAUAAUCCUAUCUACAAUUAUUACUGGAAAAGCGUAUGGCAGAUGCCAACAGAUUCCUGCAAUGGAUGAAAACAGUGGGUUAUACAAACAGUGCCUUGCAAAAUCUUAGGCUGCUGGGAUCGGUACAUGCAGACCAUAGAGCAAGCUUGACCUGUUGACUAUUGCACAUCGACAGGUGGGAUGUAAGCUGAGACGCCAACUUGUGCUCGAAAAGGAGAGACUGGAGGGCAGGGCAGCUCAAUUACAAAAUCUCAUGGCAAAUAGCAUGAGCUGCCUAACCUCAAAAUAGACACAAGGGAGCUAUAUAACACAAGACGCUGCUGAAAGUCGCCAGUCCUCUGCAGGAGAUCACUACAUGAGUACAGUGUUGUCCAAAGGAAGUCCCGAGAAGAACUCCCAACUCACUCUUGGUUGCAAACAUUUUGAGGAGAGGAUUGUUUGACCCUCAAUCCACUGUUAUAUUUGGGCACAUCAGAGUUGUGCGUAGACGUCUGGACUGCUGGAUGCCUGUUUUCAUUCCUCAAGACAGUUCCUUUUCCUCCUUGUCUCACUUGUCUCUUCGUCUUCCAUCUCGCACUUCCACAAUGAAGUAUUACUAUCCAAACUCACGUCCCCGGUAUCAACGAUAUACAAGAGGCCUAAAGACUGUGCGUUUCGCCAAUGAUGUUCUCUUCCAGGACCACAUUCGUCAGGGCGACCUGGAGCAGGUGGGGCGUUUCAUUCGGGCUAGGAAGGUCACACUGGACACCAUCUAUCCCUCUGGCAUGGCGGCUCUCCAUGAAGCUGUGCUUUCUGGAAACCUUGACUGUGUGAAGCUACUGGUGAAAUACGGUGCUGACAUCAAUCAGAAAGACGAGGACGGUUGGACGCCCCUGCACAUUGCUUGCAGCGAUGGUCAUGCUGACAUUGCAAGGUAUCUCAUCUCUCUUGGGGCCCAACGUGAUGCCACCAAUGACGAAGGGGAAAAGCCAUCUGACCUUAUUGACCCUGAAUACAAGGAACUUGUAGAGCUCUUCAAAGCAGCGCGAGUGAACUAAGCUUCUACCCCUCAGCUCUUUCCCAAAUGGGAUUCUAGUCUCGGUGGCAAGCAGCCAAGUCUGUUGCAUUCAGGAUGGAGGCUAGCAACGUUGCCUGUAUAAGGUUGGCAAGGGAGCGAAUAAGCCGCCAAAAGAGACCAGAGUUUGGCUGCAAUGUUUAUGUAUGAGAUUGGCUACUCCAGUUUUAUUGGAGAGCUAUGCUUGGGAUAGCCCUUUAAAAAAGAAAUGUCACCUUUUAUACUAUGCCCCACGGUUGAGUAUCUGGUGGGAGUCAGGCUUUAGCUAAAAUGGAUACAAUAGCUGAGACAUACAUAGAUGGUCCUAUUGUGUAGGAGGUUCACAGAGAUGGUCAUGAGCUAAACAGGAAUGGGUACCAAUUUGUACAAGCAUUGAUCUUUCCAGUUCACAAUUGACAAUGACUGUGACAGAACCAGUGUUUUCUCUGCAUCAUUCAAGCUAUUUUCCUGAAGACUUGGUACAAAGAAAUCCUAAAGAAAAACAAUCUCCAAAUUCAAGUGGACACCUGCUGUACAUAUGGACUAUCCUAACAACGUUGUGUAUAAAGUCUUAUUUUCAAUGUUUGCUUGUCCUAGAUUUGCUUUUCUACUGUACUUUUUUAUGUGGUUCUGAACAGCUUUUUAUUUUUUCAAUAAAAAAUUCCCAAAGCUUUG